AGGCUAUGAUGGAGGAAUUCGUUCUCCUGCGACGUGCUACUGACAACCAAGGAGAUUGCGUUCGUGUCCUGAGAGUUGCUGAUCGGAUUGAGGCAGAGCUAGGUGAACUGAAACGCCUAGCUCUUACGGAGAACAAGCGUCACAGGGGAGUGGAACUGAACAUCGUAAUCGCGCUUGUCGUCCUCCUCGCAGGCUUCAUCAUAGCCUGCGGAUGCAUGAUUAUGGCGAUUUCCGACGUUUCGAACGCCGCCGGCGAUUUCCUCUCACUUAUAUCUCCGCCGCCUGUGGAUAAUUCGUAUAAUCGUCGCUGCUGUAAAAAUCUCCAAGUUCAUCUCUCAUCUCCCGUCCCGCUAGUAACGACCGUAAGCUAUUUCCCUCUUGUAUCAACUUUUGCAGAUUCCAGUGUUCCACUUCACCGUACUAACGAAUUAGCCUUUGUCUUGAUAUCCUCCGCCACCUAUACUCCAUUGUCGUUGAUGUACUUCAGCAUAUCGUCGUUGCCAUACUUCCUCCAUCAUCUUCACCAUACCCCGGCGUGGAUGGAAAAGCCUACAUUUCCUAGGAGGUUUUUCACCAAAGGUUCAGAUCCUGAAAGCGACAAAAGCAUCGGGUAUUACAGCAACAACACGAAGUUGUUCGCAGCUCUCACCACACUCUUGACCGAUGAUGAAUGGGCUGAGCUCGAGGAAUCUCGCUCGGGGUAUUCUUCAGUGUGCAAGAAGCCCUUCGAGAUUUGGAGUGUGGUUGGCUCAAAUCCUGUAAGGUUUUCGUUGCACGAGUUUGAACACAUUACCGGUCUUAACUGCGAAUACAAAGAGAAUCUCAAGGCACCUCUGACUGCGGACAUAGAUGAGAAUGAAUUUUCUGAGUUUUGGGAGAAACUUGGUGUUCAUACCAAGUUUGGGCCUUCAGUUGAUAACCUCACCCGAGCAUGUGGGUGGGCCCAAGACUGGUCGAAAGAGGACAGAAAGAGGCUGGCUUAUUUAGCCGUCUAUGCUGGUUUCAUUGUUGGCGAGAGGCAAACUAUUGCCACACCGGUCGAGAUGGCAAAGCUAGUAAUGGAUCUUGAAGAGUUUGAAGGUUAUCCUUGGGGGAGAGUAGCUUUCUUGAAUCUCAUUGAAUCUGUAAAAUCUGCCAACCUCACCAAACACUACUACAUUAACAGGUUUGUCGAAGUGCUACAAGUGUGGUCGUACUACGCAAUGCCUAGCUUCGGUCAGGACUUCGGUGAGCCUGUAGUGGGUAGGGUAUCUCCGACUAUGAUGGCCUUCAAAGGAAUGAAAGGGCGCAAAAAUAUAAUGCAGACUCUUCUUGCGCAGGUUAAUUUCAACCAUAUGAUCAUGGUGGACAGGGAUAAUGCUUACCCUAGGUGGGACAACGACGUCGACGAUGAACACAUCGAGAAUGUGAUGAAGGCUUUUUACGGAGAGCUCGGAGGGACCUGGAGAUGGAAGCCUUCCGACUGGAUAUCCGAAGGAGUAAUCGUCUUGGAUAAGGUGAAGGAAGAGAAGGGAAUUGACAAGAAGAGGCAUCUGGAUUCGGGUCUAGGGCCGUCAAAGAGACCAUGCCCUGCCUACGGGAUCGAUGGACAUACCUCGGGAGCUAGUUGGGAUACAUUCCAGUCCACUGUGGCUGCAAUGUUUGAACAGUUCAGUAAGCAGCAGACAGGUGAGAUCGGUCUCCGUUUCGAUAGACUUGAUGAGAAGGUUGAGGUCCUUACAAGCAAAAUUAGUUGUAUGGAGUCGACCAUCGAGAAGCUUCAAAUUGUCAUGUCGGAGGAGGAGAGAGAAGCGAAGGACCGUGUUAAGCCCGACAAUGGUCCUGCGUUUUCUCCAGACGGGAAGCUUCCCGACGAGUCCGAAGCUGCAAAGGAGCAUGACACGUCGAACGCUGCGAAGGAGCCUGACAAUAACAAUCCUGCUGGCCCGGUUAGUACAGAUAACUCUCGCAAAUUCUCUGCUCGUAUUGCUGCAAAACAAACAAUGGAUGAAUCUGAUAAGCUUGAGAAUCCUAAACUCCCUCCCAUUGCGUCCUCUGAGAGUGAGAGUGAGACUCCUGAGGAAGAGAGUUGCGAGCUUCUGAGAGAAUACUUCCCCACCAAGGAAGAGAAGAUUGCUGACCUCAAAAGAAGGCAACCGAAGGACACCGCAAAGGUUAUUGACGCGAAGGCAAGAAAGACAGAAAGACUGAGGACACUUGCACAGACGCAAAAUGGUAUAUAUGUGGGCAGCAGCACGGUCAAGCGAAUGUUCAGUAACAAAGAACCUAGAGGUCGUGGUUAUGAUCCCUUUCGGAAGGCGGAUAAGCAGAUGAAGGAGGUCGUCUUGGAUCAUUACAAGAGUUGUCCUGGACUAGGAAAAAAGAAGACCAUUAAGACCGUUCAUGACUAUCCACUACGCUUUUGGUGGUAUGACCUCCUAAAUCAGAACGAGUGGCUCAUUGACACGCACAUGAACGCUGCUGUCUACUUGCUGAGGACACGAUUGUUGGAUCACCCCGAAUGGUUUAGAAGUGACAGGUUUUGUUUGGUUGACACCACAUUUGGGCAAUAUUGGACGGCGAAGUACGACGAAUUCAAGAUGAUAGAGCCCAACGAACUUGGUGAAGGAAGACCACUGCCAACGCUAUCGUACGAUUACUACAAAGGUGUCUUACCAGAGCCUCGACCGACAAACAAGAUCUGGGGCGUCGACAUCGAUGAAUUGUACAUACCUUUCAACCUGAAUGGUGACCAUUGGGUUGCUCUAUUCGUUUCCUUGCCAAAGAGGCACAUCACCAUAUACGAUAGUAAACCUAGUCACGUGAAGCCGGGUCUUUUGGCUUCUCUAAUAGAACCUGUGACAGUGAUGUUUCCAUAUCUGAUGAGGCAGUUGGCGGAUGAAGACAAAAAGUACGAGUGGACUCUCGAACCGUUCACCUACGACCGUCCUAUCGACCAAGCUUCCUGUGCCACAGCAGGCUAA